AUGGCUGGUCUGAACGUGUCCCUCUCCUUCCUCUUCUGCACCGUGGCCCUCUGCGAGGCAGCCAGGAGGGCGAGCAAGGCCCUGCUCCCCGCCGGCGCCUACGGCAGCUUCGCCCGGGAGGCGGCGGGCGCGGCCCAGCUGGGGGCCUGCUGCCUGGAGCUGCGGGUGCUGGCGGAGCUCGGGCCCUGGGCUGGGGGCUUCGGGCCCGACCUGCUGCUGACCCUGCUCUUCCUGCUGUUCCUGGUGCACGGGGCCACCCUGGACGGGGCCUCGGCCAACCCCGCCGUGUCCCUGCAGGAGUUCCUCACGGCCGAGGCGUCCCUGCGCAGCACCCUGCUGAAGCUGGCGGCCCAGGCGCUGGGCCUGCAGGUCGCCUGCGCCCUGACCCGCACCUGCUGGGCCUGGGAGCUGAGCGAGAUGCACCUGCUGCAGAACCUCCUGGCCCAGGACUGCCGCUCGGCCCUGCGCACGUCCGUGCCCCACGGCGCGCUGGUGGAGGCCGCCUGCGCCCUCUGCUUCCACCUGUCACUCCUCCGCCUGCGGCACAGCCCUCCCGUCUUCAGGGUGCCCGCCCUGGCCCUGCUGGUCACCGUCACAGCCUACACAGCCGGGCCCCUCACGUCCGCCUUCUUCAACCCCGCCCUGGCCACCGCGGUCACCUUCCACUGCUCGGGGCACACGGUGCUGGAGUACGCCCAGGUGUACUGGCUGGGCCCUCUGACAGGGAUGGUCCUGGCCGUGCUGCUGUCCGAGGGCCGCCUGCCCCGCCUCUUCCAGAGGAACCUGCUCUACGGCCAGAAGAACAAGUACCGCACCCCCAGAGGGAAGCCGGCCCCAGGCUCUGGGGACGCCCAGACCCCAGCGAAGGGGUGCCGCAGCCAGGAGCCUGGGCGCAGAGCAGUGGGGCCGCAGCCCCGGUGCCCCAGCUAGCGCCCGCCGGGUGUGGGCCCCAGACGGCCACGCUCUUGGCUGCACCCGCGACCUCCUGGAGCUGCAGGGGGAGCCCCGGCCUCCCUCCCCACAAACAUUUUGCCAAUAAAAUAGUCCUUAAACCUGCCUGUCCCUGGCCUGACAGAAGCUUCUAGAAGGGCAGGUAGGGGUGAGGGGAAACAGCCGGGCCGGGCCUGAGCCGCCUCCAGCU